AUGGACCACAUAUUGGUGCGCUCUGACUUCGCGUGUCGGCGUGAGUACCGACUCGUCUCUGUCGAUGAGGCAUGGGUGAAGCAGCUACAGGAACAGGUGUACCCGAUCCACUCCGCCAAGAAAGGUAUGGCUAGGCACAAACGGGCACGCGCCUCGUCACCCCCCUCCGCAACCGCACAUUGUGAUAACGUAUCAGUCGCAUUCGUCAUGAAGGGUGAUGGGCAGCUCUGUUUGCACGACGCACAGUCGACCCGCUCCGUCCGCCGCGUCGAGUACUCGAACACGAUGCUGCUGGCAACGCGGCGGCUCAACCGCAUCGGCAGAUCUGCUAGCGGUGAGUCCCCGUGCAGAAGCGAUGACGUCUGCAGCGCUGACGGCAUGGCCACGACCACUACUGCUCUCCCUUUCCCCGAAGCGAACGUCCGCCAGUACACCAAUGACGUCGUCGUGGCUGCCUUGAGCCGUAUGUUUGACAGCCAUGCCGUGCACCCGCAGGAUAACGUGUGCGCUGUGCUGGGUGAGUCGUACUUGACAAUUGAAGAACUUGAGGGCACCGAUGGAAGCAGUCAUUGCAGCCGCACCGCUGGUACGCCAGGGCGCGGGUACACCUUUGCGCAACUUGCUCGUGUUUUCCGCAGCAGUCCUUCGGAGCUUGCGGAUCUGCUGCAGAGCCUCGGCGCCGUCGUGCACCGUGGCCUUGUUCGCCUUCUUCACCCUUCCCUCGUGCACGAGUCCUUGACGGCAGUACUGACCUUUUUCGAUGCUGCAGAGCCGUGUGAUGUCUCCUGGCCCGCCGCGCGGGAGCACCUCUGUCCGUCCGUCUACCCAGACGUCGUGCUGCGUUCACUGGAGGCAGUCUACGGUGUACCGCGAGUCGCCAGUGAGACGACGAAGCACGAGGACUCUGUGGCACGGCUGGGGAUGCCGGCGGUGCUAAACUUGCAGCGAGUGCUGGUGGGCCUCGCUGGAGGUGUUUUUGAUGCCCACCAGGACGUUGUCUGCCGAACCCUGGGCACCGGCGAAGUGGCUCGUGGGUUGCCGUUGGAGACAUUCGCAGAGGCGUGGAUGGAUGCUAUUCCAUCGCCUCUCUUCUCUGUGGCCGGCAUUACCCACCGCGGAGCGACAGGGAUGCAAAAGACUCUCAUGGAGAAACUGCACGGCUACGUGGUGGUGGAGUCGCGCAGCAGCGGCGUUGGAGGCACCGCGCAAGAUACUGCGUGGUGGCUACCAAAAGAAACCCUCAGCAACGACUUUGCCGCUCGUCUCCGCGCACUCUUUGAGCUUCGCCCGCAGCUUUGGGACCAGGUGGAGCUGAAGGAGUACCUUUGUAUGCUGGUUCCACCAGAGCAAAGCUUCGAGCACGUCAUUGCACGCUACACACGAGAGUACCGGAUACCAGGGCGACCUGUGCAGUACGCCCCGCUUGCCUGA